AUGGCGCUUCAACAUUCAGUUCUGGCCGUCACGCUGCACCAAGCUUGCGUAGCUGCCAAGGUGUUGUCCCCGUCGCUCUUCCCGCAGCUGCCUCACUUGGCUCCACUUGCCGAGCCCAGCACUGCUGACUUCUUCGGCCUGGAGAAAGACAACUUCCCGCAGCCGCUGGAGCGCGUGCGGGAGGUAACAGCGGAGGACUUUGAUGCGCGCAUCCGCCUGGGUCGGCCAUUCAUCAUCGCUGACGCAGGUCGUGGAAUCGACUUGGUAGGCGCAAGCUGCCAGCACUUCCAUGAGCACUUUCCAACCGCACAGAUGCGGGCUGAGUACACUGGCGACGACAGGCCCGAAAAGUUUAUCUCGCUUGGCAGCAAGGCUUGGUUUUCAAAGGAUCGACAUCAAGCAGCGAAGAAGCGGAAGAAGUCCAGCAAGGCAGCGCACGCGCAGCAUGCGACGGCUCCUUAUGUGUGGCACGUCAAGGACGGAGGCCACGAGGCCCCGCCCGAUGUCCGCGCCGCGAUGCAACGAGCAUGGCAGCCGCCCUAUUUCCUUCGGGGUGCCACCAACCUUCGUGAAGCCAACGAGUCCGCCGAGUUCUGGUUCCAUCGUCGCAAUGGGUCGGUGCUAGCGCAUGCGGACACUUACUGCAUUCCUGCUGUAUCUUUACAGCUGACUGGACGCAAGCACUGGCGGCUAAUGCCGCACCCGCACGUCAACAUGUCUCGAUUGGCUCCCAACUCUCAUGACGGAGGGAUCUACAGCACAGACCUGUGGCGGCCGGCUUGGGAAGCUACUGUGGAGCAGGGCGAGGCAAUUGUUUUCUUCCCGAACAUCUUCCAUGAGACGCAAGUGCCGGAAGAUGGGAACCCCGAGUGCACAGUGGCCACGACCUUCCAGUUUCAGCUUCCGGUACCGGCACGCUACUUCAGAGCUUUCCUUCCAACUCACGCUAUGUCGCACCUCUACUACGAGGGCCACUGCCUCGACCUCUGGCACUCCUUUGCCACACUGAAGGCUCCCAAGGCUGUCCGGCCUACGGAGGACGCCAAGCAGAUCCAGUCCCAACACGCCGAGCUGUUUGCCGCGUUGGAUGGGGAUGGCGAUGGACUCCUGUCGUUGGACGAGCUGCAGGGCUACCUAUCCUCGCAGAAAGUCCCAGCAGCCCCCGGGCGGCGCUUCGGGACACCUUGGCCAAGAUGGUUCUACACAGAGGAUUACUUCUACGAUUGGAGACCUGCGGUGGAUGGCCCCGGCGAGCAGCAGCGGCUUCAAAUGGAGGCAGAGCUGCUGCGUUUCCGAGCGGAGGAUAUUCUGGCGUACCUGGACUGCAGCCCGCCAGAUGGCCAGGUCUCCGCAGGGGAGCUUCUCCGAGCCAUGCUCCAGUGGCACGUCGCGGGUAUGCUGCCAAGCGAGAACUUCGCAGCGAGCUUUGAUGAGCCGGGAGAUCUUGUCGAAAGGGCCUUGACUUCUUUUCUGCAGGUAGCUCCUUUGUGGGAGAUGCUUGACAAGGUCCACAGGGCAUGGGGCUUCAAUUUCCCUUUCAUCGCUAUGCUUGGACGCCUUGCUGCGCUCGGUUGGGCAGCGGUUUUCGCACAUGCUGCAGUGCAUGUGCCCACGCGGGAGAUCGCCACUGGCGUGCAGAUGCCGAUCAUCUCCAUAGGUAUCGGCGGGCUAGAGACUGCAAACGCAUCGGCCAUUGUGUCCAACUGGCUGAAACUUGGCGGAAGAGGCAUUGACACCGCCCUGGUCUACAAGGAUCAGUACAUCGUCCCACAGGAGUUGCAAAAAGCAGGAAUCGACCGCAAGGAUGUGUUCAUCACAACCAAGAUUCCCGGCUGUGACUUGGCCACGGCCAACGUUGAGUACGAUCUGAAGCAGCUGAAGACGGACUACAUCGACUUGCUUCUCAUCCACUAUCCCUCGGGAGACUGUGCCAAGGCCUGGGAGGUCUUGGAGGGCUACCACUCCAAGGGCGUCCUGAAAGCCAUCGGCGUGAGCAACUUCAACAAGUCGGCUCUGGAGUCACUGAUGAAGACGGCCAAGGUCAAACCUGCUGUGAACCAGAUUGAGCUGAACGUCUUGGAGUACGAUGCCGAGGCCAAAAUUCGAAAUCGUUGUGCGCACUGCAAGCGUCAAAACACCGAACGGCAAGUUGGCUCAAGCGAAAGUCUCUCACUGCAGCGCCCAGCUGUUGGGAGAAUGAUCGAGUUGUAUUUCUUCACAGACCGGGCAACCGCGAAAGACGUGGUACUUUUGCCCGCGCUCUGCCACGAUGUGGCUCUUUUCUCCAUAGCUUUACAGCUCUUGCUCCUUGCGCUGAUCCUCUGCUAUGCUUUUUUCAAGGCUCUGGCCGAGCGCCUGGCCACCCUCUCGCGCGCAAGGAGCGCUGCAGCAGAGGAGGCCGCAGACGAGCAGGCCCCAAAGUUCAGGAUUGAGCUGCAGCCGCCGUGCAAAUGCCUGCGGUUCGCAGUCAAAUGGGAUCCCGAUAUGCGGAACAUGAUUAACUGUCUCAAAGAGGAGGGUGAGGAAGCCCUUACUCCAUUCUUCGAGAGUGAGAUCUUCGUUUGGAAGCUGCGGAAGUAUGUUCGCAACAUGGUCUCAAGUGCUGACCGUUUGAACCUGAAGAGAGACGUGAUCCAGCGUCGGCAACAGCAGGAGCUCAACGAAAGAACUGCCCAAAAGACGGCUGAGCAGGAGAUGCAAGACCGACAAGCUCUUUUGGAGCUCUUCGGGCAAGUUGAUCAACCAGUGGCCGCUGCUCAGGCACCAGUGGUACAAGAGCAGGUGCCUGUGGUGGCACCUUCGGAGAAGCCAGCAGCCUCCAUUGCCAUUGGGGUGCCAGUUGUGGAAAAAGCGGAAGACGCACCGGAUCCAUUCCUUGAGAUGCUCGCUAAGACUUCACAAAAGAAGCCAACAGACUCCCAGAUGUCACCAGAAGAUGCUGCGGCCCUGGCUUCCAUGAUGGCAGAGGGGCCUAAAAGCAGCUUGACAGAAGCAGGAGAAGCGCCGAAGGCCUUCGGGCAGGUGCUCACAGAAACUUCGCAGGAAAAGCCAGUCGAAGCUCAAAUGUCCCCGGAGGAUGUUGCAGCGAUGGCAUCGAUGAUGGCAGAGAAGCCUCCAAGCAGCACAAAUGAAGCACCUCAAGAUGAGCAAUCUGCGGCAGGAGAGUCGGCGGAUGCCUUUAUGACAAUGCUGAUGGAGACCUCCCGGAAGAAGCUAACGGACACGCAGAUGACGCCAGAGGAUGCUGCAGCAAUGGAAGCCAUGAUGGCAGCAGAGCAGCCCUUGAAAGCAGAGGCACCGGAUGUCCACAGAACCCUCAGUGAGAUCUCGGAGAAGAAGCCGAUUGAUGCCCAAUUGUCACAGGAGGAUGCUGCCGCCCUGGCAUGUCUGAUGGCAGAGGAGCCUGCCAGCAACUCUACCGAAACACCGCAGACAGAAGAGCCUUCGGCAGAAGAGUCCGCAUGCAACACAGAUGGUUGGGAAGGUGAGGACUUCUUUGCACACAUCGACUCCACCCUGCCACCAGAGGAAGCAGCAGUCAAGCUCUUUGCAGCAAUGGGAAUCUCGGCAGACCUUGCAUUCGUCACGAGUGUUCCUGUCGUGCCCACCAACAUCAUCGAAAGCGAGGAUCCUUUCAAGAACUUUUGGGACAGUUUGGAUGACAACAUGUCCCCAGAAAUGGUGGCAGCUAACCUCGUGCACACGGCCCAGUUCAUAAAGGCCUACGGAGCGAUGCAAGUAGUGCAAGUGCCAAAGUGCACUGAACAACCUGCACGUCGAGCUGUCAAGGUCGGGCAGAGCACGAGAGGUAAUCAGGGCUUCAAUCCUUGA